AGUAAAUGGAUGCUUAGUCCAAGCUUGAAAAGUACUAAAAUCCUGUAGUACAGAAGAUUUGAACUACAGUGGUAUUUGGUUUAGGAGGAUGGAGCCUCUGAAGAAGUUCAUGACUGUCUCAGAACCUCAAAAUCUGGCUCUGUAUGAACAGAGUAACGUCUUGAGAGCAGAUGAGUCUUGGCAGCAGGAAAUAUCUCGCCAGAAGUUCAGACAUUUCCAGUAUUUGGAAGUAUCUGGGCCCCGUGAAGCCCUGCACCAACUCUGGGAGCUCUGUCUGCAGUGGCUGAGACCAGAAAUUCACACAAAGGAGCAGAUCUUGGAGCUGUUGGUGCUAGAACAAUUCCUGGCAGUCCUCCCUGAAGAAGUCAGGACUUGGGUAAAUUUAUAUCAUCCCAAGAGUAGCAAAGAUGUGGUGACCUUCAUAGAGGAUGUCAUUGAAAUGCUCAAAGACAAGGGAAUACCUUCCAAAGACUCUGCCUCUCAGAAGGGGAACACCAAGGCAGAGCAUAUGGAAGCUGACUCACUAACAGACAAGCCCCAGGAACCAGUAACAUUCAGAGAUGUGGUUGUGGAAUUCAGUGAAGAAGAGUGGGGGCAACUGGACUCUGCUGAAAAGAACCUGCACAGGGAUGUGAUGCUGGAGAAUUACAGGAACCUGAAUUUAUUGCAUGAAGUUGAGAUCCCCAGCUUGGAGAAUGAGAAUAAAAGACGGAUAAUGGAAGGAGAAAUCCCAACCAUUUUUGACAUGGACAGUAUUUCAGAAAACCAAGACUCAAUUCUAAAGCAGAAGGUUUCUGCAGAAGAAUCAUCUCAUGGAGUAAUUAUGGCAUUGCCUGCCAAAAAUACACACACUUCUGUACACAAAUGGAGGGGUGAGAAUCAGUUUCAUAGGAACCAGGAAAAGCAGGACAUAAAUUUGCCUCAAGAGGCUUUCAUUCAUAUGACAGUCUCUAAUAAGGAAGGAGAUUCUGAAUCUAUUGACAAUAAGAAAAGCUUUAUAUCAGUUAACUCUAUUUGGAAUAUGCAACAAGAAACUCCGACAGGAAUAAGGUCCCCAAGUGGACACAAGUUUAAAACUAACUUGAAGUUUAAUUCAGACUCUGUGGAUGAGCCACAUUCACAAUUUAAUGAAUGUGGAAAUGCCUUGAGCAUUAAUACACAUAUUAUUCAGCCCAACAAAAGGUAUGUAACAGUGAAUUCCUAUAAAUGUUAUCAAUGUGGGAAAACCUUUAGCCGAAGUUCAUCCGUCCUUAGACAUCAGAUCAUUCACACUGGAGAAAAGCCCUAUAGAUGCAGUGAAUGUGGUAGAUUUUUUAACCGGCACACAAACCUUACAAAACAUCUGAAAAUUCAUACGAAGGCAAAGGCCUCUGAAGGUAAUGAGUGUGGAAUGGCCUUCUGUAAGAGUGAAAACACUAAUAAAAAUCCAAGACCCCAUUCUGGAGACAAUCCCUAUGGAUGUGUUGACUGUGGAAAAUCCUUCAACCGCAGUUCCUCCCUUCUAAGACAUCAAGUGAUUCAUACAGGAGAGAGACCAUUCAGAUGUAAAGACUGUAAGAAAACUUUCAACCGACAUUCAAGUCUUACUAAACAUCAAAAGCUUCAUAUUCAAGGUAAAUAUGAAAAGGAAGAAACACGAUUACCUUCAGUAGGUGCAGAGCUCAUUCAGCAUCAUGAGUAUUAGAAUCCUAUGAAUAUAAUAAAUUUAAGAAAGCAUUUGUGAAAGAUUAUUCCUUUAGUAAUGUGACAGUACUGGAGAGAAAUCUAUUUGAGCUUUUCUAGACUCCCAAAUGAAGCGACCAGCGUUUGUACUUCAGCAUAUCACCACACAAGUCUUUGUCUAUCAUUUUAUUAUAUUACCCUUGCCUUUCUUUGGUUCAUAAAUAGGAUUGCUUCUUGCAUUCACCUGAUUUAUUGAUGAAUGAGCAACCAAGAAAUAUGUUUAGAGUCGAUAUUUAAUAAACUGUUGGUCCAUAUGAGAAGAUCACAGUAAAACAAGCUUAUGGCAAGUAUAAUAUAGGAGAACACUUUUAAGUACUGAAACCUCUGAAUUAAUGGCAAAGACCAGACAUAAUAAUAAUAAUGGCAGUGACUGCCAGUUAUUCCUAUUUAUUUCACCCCUGACAUUAUCUUUACCUGUCAGUACCCUUUGGGACUAGAAUUGGAGUUAGCAACUGCAGUGGAAGAUUGAAUUCUUCAUUUGUAUGUGUUCCUUAAAUCUGCAUUUUUAAAAAGUACUUGAGAUCUAGGCUGGAGAAACAUCUAUAGCCUGAAGACAGAUCUGUCAUUUAUGCCAAAUUUUAUAAGUUCAAUAAAGUAUCAUAAUACUGU